GCUGCGCACAUCAACAUUAAACACAAUCGCAUUCCUUACCUUUCAGUGCAUAUAUGUUUGCUUUAGCUCAUUCAACACAGAGACAUAUUCUCUUGUUAAAUCGACUACACAGUUCCCUAUUUUUAAGGAGGAAAACAUACAUUAUCAUCACAGUUAGCUAACAGAAGACGAACAUGGAGGCGUUUAUGGUUUUUCGUCAUUCCGAGCUCCGACUUCCAAGGAGUUCAGUCGAACACGGUAGAAUGAGCGCCUGACAGUGUAAAGUUCGGGAAACAUACAAGUAGAUUUCCCCAAAAGUGCCGGCGAUCAAGAAAAUACAAGACUGGGUUCAUUUCAGCAUCAGAAAAUCACGUUGGGCAAAUUUGAGGAAGUGGAACCAGCCAACGUUUGCUUAAAUGGGAAAUUUAGUAGGGCAGAACAGCUUGGGAAUUCCUCGAGGAAAAGGACCACACCAGGUUGGAUGCACAGACUUAAUGGUGGGACACACAAUACAGGGAAUCUUCUUCAGACUUUACUAUCCAUGCCAAGCACCAGAGGGUUCUGAUGAGCCACACUGGAUCCCAUGCAGAGAAUACUUCAAUGGCCUUGCUGACUUCAUGAAAAUGAGCCGAGCACUGAGUGAAAGAAUUUUUAACUACCUCUUUGGCUCUUACAAAAUCCCAGCAGCAUGGAAUGCCUCUUUUAAAACCGAUGGAAAAUACCCAGUAAUUAUUUUCUCUCAUGGUCUGGGAGCAUUCAGGACACUGUAUUCAGCAAUAUGUGUCGAGUUGGCCUCACAGGGCUUUAUUGUUGCUGCAGUGGAACACAGAGACGAAUCAGGUUCAGCAACCUUCUACUACAAAGAGAAGAGUGAAGGGAAACAAAGCAGUCAGGCAUCAUGGGAAACAUUCCGGCCUGUGUCGGAUAAUUUGGUGGAAGAGUGGAUGUACUACAGACCACCAAAAACAGGCGAGAGUGAAUUUCUUCUAAGAAACAAUCAAGUGAAACAAAGGGCAGAUGAGUGCAUUAAAGCUUUGGAUCUUCUUAUCAACAUAAAUUCAGGAAAACAUGUAGAAAAUGUCUUACUAUCUGAAUUUGACUGGUCAAAAUUGAAGAACUCUAUGGACUUGUGUAGAAUAGCAGUCAUGGGCCAUUCCUUUGGUGGGGCCACAGUGAUCGAGUGUUUGUGUAAAGAAGUCAAAUUCAAGUGUGGCAUUGCAUUGGACACAUGGAUGUUUCCCCUUGAAGAGGAAAUUUUUCCAAGUGUGAAACAGCCCAUUUUUUUCAUUAACUCUGAAAAGUUCCAGUGGGCUGGGAACAUUAUUCGCAUGAAGAAGUUGGAUUCUGCUCUCAUUCCAAGAAAAAUGAUCACCAUCAUGGGAGCUGUGCAUCAGAGCUUCCCAGAUUUCACCUUUCUCACAGGUAACUGCAUUGGGAAGAUCCUGGCGCUGAAGGGAGAAAUUGAUCCUCACAUAGCAAUGGAUUUAUGCAACAAAGCCUCAUUAGCAUUCCUUCAACAACACUUAUCUCUGGAGAGAGACUUCAAUCAGUGGGCUCAUUUAAUUGAUGGAAAAGAUGACCACCUGAUUCCAGGCACUAACAUCACUCUGCUUCAAUCCUCGAUCUAAUAAUUUGUUAAAAAAGAAACGUCCAAUGACUGGUUGUAAUCUUCAUAUUUUUUGUUGCUAUGCAGCAAACAAAUGGAGAAAAGUAUAUUCCCAACGUAUUACAUUGUUGAAGUAAAUUGAAUUUAAUUUGUAUAGCUGAAUUUUGACUGCAUUGCAUGAAAAUCCACCAGGUUGGACCAAGUGAAUCAAAUAUUUUAAAAUUAUUUAAAUUGAGUGAAUUACAGAUUCUUAUACAGUACAUGAUUAGUGUGUUUAAGUCAACCACGGAGUUAUUCUGUUCAGAGCCACAUACCGUCUGAGGUUCUACAUUUUUCUGGCCCAGCUGGUCUUGUGCUUUGUUUCUACAGCCAUGAUACACAGCAUUUAAUUUGUUAUAACAAGCCUCAUAUUUUCACGUUCAAUAUUAAUUUGUGAUGCUGCUGUUACUGCGAAAUAAACAGUUCACAGUUUGACUGGUUGGGACUGAAGAAGUCAUCGGACAGUCUGAAGAUUCAGCUUUAAAUGAGCUACAAUGUCAUCUGUGUAAAGCUUUUACACUAUAAAAUGCUUAAUCAGAAUAAAAAUGUCAACUGGUUAUAUUUUAAAUGAUUUAUAAAGAAACUCAUUUUAUUUGAAGUGUUGUCACUUGUAUGAGAAGCUAAACAUUGUAACACUAACACAUGAAACAGCUGCAUAAUAAUAGGGCCAUUUCAUGCUUGAAUUUUUUUGUACAAUUUAUAUUAAAUUUUACAUUAAUGUCCA